AUACUAAUAGUAUCCCUUCAUCGGGUCAUCAAAUCCAACAAAGCGGAGUAUUUAGUUUGUCGUCGAGCUCUCCGCUUCCGAUUGGAAAACAGAUUCUCCCGGAGUCUCCGAUAAGCUCUGUGCCCGUCUCCGUCUAGUUAGAUUCGUUUCUGCUUUGGUUAAUAUCACACAAGGUUUAAUGGAUAGGCAGCAACCGCAGCCCCAUGACUAUGCUGCAAUGGCAUAUGCUCAGCAGCAGCCACAAUAUGGACACCAUCCGCCUCCACAUCAACACCAACAAUACCCUCCCCCACUUAAUCCCUUCAUGCCUCCUCAUUCUUCAGUGCAGCAAUUCCCUUACACUCAACCUCCUCUACACCCUCACCAUCUUCAACUCCCUCCGCAGCAACAGCAGCACCCUCCACCUUUUGCUCCGCAUUUACCCCCUCACCUUAUUCCUCCGCCUUUCCAUGCUCCUAAUUAUGAUUCUCCCUCACCCCCGGCCCCCCCUCCUUCCGAUCCUGAGCUUCAAAAACGUAUUGAUAAGCUUGUUGAGUAUUCUGCAAAGAAUGGGCCUGAAUUCGAAGUCAUGAUUCGUGAAAAACAGCAGGAUAAUCCCGCUUAUAGUUUCCUUUAUGGAGGAGAGGGUCAUGCAUAUUAUCGGUAUAAGCUUUGGUUAUCUACACGUGGUCCUUUCAAUCCUCCUUUCCAAGCAUCUUCCAUGAUGCAUCCACAACCAAACCCAAUGAUGAAUGCUGCUAUUGGGCCUCCCCCUCAAAUGCACCAGCCUCCUUUUCCACCUUUUUAUGAUCACCAUCAGCAGCAUCCUCCACAGCCCUUUGGCGCUCAUGGUCGACCAGAUUUUGAAUCACCCAAGUCCUUUAGAGGACUCUCUGGUCCACUUCCUCCUGAUAUUGCAGUGGAGCUCAGUAAUGUGCUUAACACUCUAAAUGGUACCAAGGAGUCUAUCAAAGGUGCCAAGACUUGGUUCAUGCAGAGGUCUCCAUUUGCACCAGCUCUCGUCGAAGCACUCAGAGACAGGAUUGUUGCUCUUGAUGAUUCUGAGAGGCAAUUGCAUAUCAUCUAUCUUGCCAAUGAUAUUCUUUUUGACAGUUUGCAAAGGAGAAUUAAUCCCCGUGAUCUUGAUAAUGAAGCCCUUGCAUUUAAGCCAGUGCUAGGUUCCAUGCUUGCAAGGAUUUAUCACUACCCUCAGAAUAAGGAUGAAAACCAGUCACGGUUGCAGAAAAUUGUGCAGUUUUGGGCCUCAAAGGAGGUCUACGAUCAAGAUACCAUUUAUAAACUUGAAAGUGAGAUGGUUGCUGGACCGCGGGCAAAUUCUUUUCCAGGGCCGCCAAAAGAAUUAUGUACUGGCUCAGCAGAUUCUGUGCCCGCUGCAGGCUUUCCUCAGCAUGCAACUAGUUACAAUGCUCCACAAUGGCUGCCUGAUAGGCAGAGUGUACCAGAUCAGGAGCAUCCCGAUAAACAAGUGCCUCCAGUCAUGCUUCCAACCUUAGGAAAUCAGCAAUUCAUUCCAAAUUCAGUCCCUGCUGCUGCUUUUCCGGGUUCCCUGCCUGUAAAUCCGUCUGUUCCACCAGCAAGUCAACAACCUGCACCACAUUUAUUGCAAGCACCUCCUGCUAACAUUGCUGAAAAAUUGUCACCAUAUCCCCUGUUCCCACCUGGUCUCAUUCCUGGAAUGGUCAGAAAGAUGCAGAUUGGCAGUGGGGUACCCUACUCACCUUUGAGCCCUUUGGACAUCCCGACAACCAUACCCCCAUCCAAUGUAUCCCCAUCAGAAAUUCUAGACAGUGUGUCAAAGUUUUUUAAAGAGAUUGGAGAGGUUAACCCGUCUGAGGGACCGAUGAUAUCUGAUCCAAAAGAUGAAGAUGACGAGUAUGAGAGAGAGCCUCCCAUUCGCAAAGGAGGAGCUUGCAUCCCUCCUCCUCCAAACUUACAGGUUGACCCAGAGACAGGAGCUUAUGCAGAUGGAAGUGUGGAGCGGAAACAUGGAAGUGGCUCAGGAAGAUUGGGACUUGGGGCAGCAGCCGAUCCUAACGAGCCAAGUCAAUACGAUGAUGUUUACACAUCUUACAGGAAACAGAGAAGCACCACCUAUCAUUCAUCGAUGGUUGCAAGGGCUGUUACUAGGUAAAAACCCUGUGCAUCUCUUAUCAAUUUGCUUUUAAUCGGAAAAGGAAGAUCACCUAUUGAGAUGCCUUCUUCCCAUCCUCGUGGAAACAUGGAUGUGUAGGCGGAGGUUGUUCAUGCUUUGGAUUAUGCUACUUAAAGUUUUGAUUUAGGGGGGUUGUAGUUGCAAGCAGUAGACAGACCACCUUGCAGUGUUGUAAUCAUUUAACCAAUGCCAACGUUGGCGUAUAAAGUUCGAUGCAUUGACCGA